AUGAGAAAAGAUCACAUUAAAUCCUUGAAGAAGUCUACAGUUGUUCAAGGAGAACGGGCAAUGACGGAGUUUUUUGGAGGUUCCGCCGAGCCGAAGAAUUCCCGUCCUGCUCCAACACGACUUUGCUUCAUCCUCUCUACCAGCUCACCCACUCCUUCCCCCCACACCCUCAGGAUGUCCUUCCGGCCGAUGUUGCAACAGCGGGCUGUGGCUCCGAUCGCAGCCACUCUCCUCGCAGGAGGCAUUGCUUUGUACCCCAAGCAGACGGCAUUUGCUGAAGUGCCCCGAGACAACCGCAAACCUAUCUACGAUGACUUCCCUGCCGAUCUCCCCGAACCCUCCAAGCCAGCUGCCCCCGUCGCUGCUGCCGUCCCUGCCGCUCCUGCGGCCAUCGAAGCUCCUAAGCUGAUCUCCGCACCGGCCGCGCAACAGGCCCCCUCUUCGCCCACUCCGACAGACAUCCUGACCGCUCAGGUCCGACAAGCUCGCCUUUUCCUUUACUCACACUCCCUUUCUGCCGAACAGGGCUUCAACAAGUUCCUGUCCAAGGCUCUCAACAUCGAAAACUGCUUCACCAACACCGUUGCGUCCCUUGCCCCAUCGCCCGAGUCCGGUGAGCGCCUUCUCCCCGGUGGUGUCUACGUUGUUGUGGCCGCCAUGGCCGGCUCUAUCGUGUCGCGCAACCGCGGUAUCUUCCUUCGAGCUGCGUCUCCCUCGCGUUCGUACGAGAAGAAGGUUCCCGCCGUUGCGGACCAGCACUUGGCUGUCCGUGAACGUGCGGAGCACAUCUGGCUCACUGGACUCGCGCACAGCGGAAUGGCGCGCCAGAUGAUGGAGGAGAAGAUCGGUGACACCCGCAAGAAGUUGGAGGAGCUGGUCAGCAAGGGCCACUAG